UGUUAGCCGCAUAUUCUAGGCACACCCACGUUACGUAUACGCCCUGUGGGUCGCACGGCUGAUGGCCAUUGACUGAUAAGAAUCGGUCUGCAAUAAAGUCAUUAGACCAGUUAACGUGCCCUGACUAAACAGAUCGGUAAUGAGGCUAAUUUCCUCGUUGCCAAAUGCCAUCAAAUUUCGGCCAGUUUGUUUUUUAAUCAGUCAGCAAUGUGGUUACUUCAGAGUAUGAUUUUUGUGAUCGUUUUAGAGGUCCAUAGUCUUAACUUGCAAUUUGAGGAGUUUUAUGUCAAGUCCUUUGUUCCUGAUGAAAUUCACAUAGCCUACGAUAUAGAGAACUUCGAGGUGAUCAAUGUGAACCUAACUGUGAGAGUCCCCUUUCCCGGCAAGCUCCUGAUGCACAUUUUUGUGAGGCAGCUCUCAGACCAGAUGGGUGGAUCAGACACCAAGGACUUGCUGCGCUUCAGGAACUUGGAUCUGUGCAAGAUAUUCGACUCACUGCGAAAUAUCACAUUGGAAAACAUCCAGGGCGAAAGUGUGCUGCCAUCCACUUUUUUCGUAUCAUGUCCUUUGGUUCCUGGAUUUUAUUACGUGGAAAAUGGCGUAUUUAAUGUCAAACUGGUGCCCUUUCGGAUUCCAGAUGGCAGAUACAUGGCGUUGCUGGAACUGAUUCAGGUGUACGAGGAUGUUAUCAAGCUGGUUUCCUGCAGAAUAAAGUUUGUGAUGAAGCGACCACCGGGUUAUAAGGAGCCCUCCUCCUUCGCCAGCAGUGAAGAAGGAGAAACUCUAGAAAAAGUCACAAAGCCUCCGACCACCACCACAAAAGCUCAGCCAGAGGUCACCGAACCCAGUGAAGAUCCUUAUGAGGAGGUGACGGAGCCCAGUGAAGAUGAAUACGAAGCUCCCAAUGAUUACUAUUAAAGAUAGAGUUAAAGAUAGAUAGAUAUGUUUUGCAUAAUUUCAUCCGUAUUUUAUUACCUCUGUCUUCAUAACACGUGCUAAAUUAAAUUUAUUGCCACCUACGAAUGGAGACAUCUCACCCAUGACUUCGGCCACGCCUAUAUCACUUAAUUGAAAGCCCCAGGGGCAUGGGAAACUUAUAAAAUAACACCAAAACUUGAAAUGAAACCGCUCGAGACACGGCGACGACAAAUAAGCGACUCAAAGACAUUCAUUCAAUCUUAUCUGUUACAUUGUUGCACCGCUGAACUUUGCUUUGA